AUGCCUAAGUUUGCGCGCGGAGGCGACAUCGAUCUUGACGAAGCAUAUGGAACCCUCCUCAACGACAAACAUGCUGCUAUGCGGCGCAACAUCCGGACCAAGACUUACAUGAACAAGUCUCAUCAUUGCGAAGAUCCUGAAUGCGGUGGCGGAGCGCCGAAAGCGAAGUGCAUCACCAAGUUGCACUUCGCCUUCUGCCUGGCACCUGUGGUAGACGAAGAGCCCGAUUCUCCUACGUUUGGAGAGGUCGUCAUUCACGGCGAGAGGUUCCCGAUGAUAUCCACGACUGGCUGUGCGGAACAUCCGUACAUCGCCGAGUACAAUCUCGACCUCAAAGAUGCUCGCAAAGAUCGCGCCAAGUAUGAAAUACGAUGGAAGAAAAUAUUCGAGAGCUUCAAGUUGGAGUAUGAGACGAGUCUAGCUGAGAAAGCUGAGAAGGCGAAAGCCAUGAAGAAGAUGUUAGGCAUGACGGGACACCAGAGGCAGACGAUGCGAGCAAGGCUGGAUAGCAUCGAGUAUCAGAAGCGGCAAAAGUCGGAGGUCGCGAGCGAGAAGACGGAGAUUUGGAGUGACAAGCAUACCGACGACAUCGUUUCGCAGCAGCCCAAAAGUCAAGAACUGGUUCUGCUUCCCAUCCUUACUGCGACAGCAGAGACUGCUCUUGUUCGAGCUGAUGACAAAUGGCUUGUCAUGGGCGAAAUCGUUCCUGCAAUUGCUGCGGUUGCGCCCGAGGACCUUCAGUCCAUACUGGAGCCGAUGUGGCUUCAUGAUGAGCUCUUCGCAGGCACUACCAACAACAAGGAUAGCAAAGGCGUCCCAGACGACUGGAACACGAUUCUGAAGACUGUAGAAGAGUUGGAACUACCCGAGCCUACUACGUUGUGGCUUCACGACGAACUCUUCCCGGAGCCCGAUCCAUCCAUCAUGAUACCAGCACUAGGCAGCGAUAGCCUCGCAACAGCAGCUCCGAUUGCGAUGGAAGAUCCAGUCGCAAUUACCGACGCUCCCUCGAGAACCCAGAUUCAUCGCAAGGAUGCGAAGGUGGCGAAGAAACAGCGAGCUGCUGUGAGUCGUGCUCUCAAGCGCACCCGACUCGAAGACAGGCUAAGCCAAGCGGAAGAGCAGAUGGCUUUGGCGCAUUCUCUGCGCAGGCAGAAAUCACUGAAGAAGCGAACGAAGAAUCGGACAGGCCUAAGUCGGUUUGCUUGA